UCGAGCUGAGUAUUACCUCUGUCUAAACACACAACGUGCUUCUUUUUACGUUUUCUUUUGCAGACGGGGCUCAGCUGGAACCAGCUCUCUUAUUUGUCCUUACGAUAAACACCGCCGGGCGGGAGUAAGGCCGAUAGCAGCCUAAGCGGCCCUGAUAAGCGGCAAGUCCUGUCCCCCUUGCUCGGAUGACUUAAAAGAUCUGGUGUGCUGACAACUGGUCUACCAGUCAUGAAACGAAUUCUUCUGUUUUUUAUCCUGGCUGCUGCUGUUAUGUAUGGUAUACUGCAUGGAAAUCUGUGGAGAAAUAACCUCUACUGGAUUAGCUUUUAUGGACAGACUUCUUCUGUGAGGGCUUCUCCUUCCUAUGAGACUAGUGGAGUUACCCAGCUGCCACCUACGGCUGUGGAGAGAAGGAACGCACUGGACACUUGUCUCCUGAAACCAGCAUUUGAAUCUUUACUGGAUGUUGACAAAAUAUACCCGUUCCUGUGUGCUAAUGAUUUUAUCAGAGUGGCGGAGUUCCACGGGAGUGAUAAAUUUGAACUACCUUACGGAAUAAAGAGAGCAGAGCAGUUCUUUCGUUUAGCCCUUUCAAGACUGCAGAACUGUGGACUUUUCAAUGAAGACAACAGCAUUGCCUGUCACCGCUGCGUUGUGGUCGGUAAUGGAGGAGUACUUCGAAAUAAGACAUUAGGGGAGAAAAUUGACUCAUAUGACGUGAUAAUCAGAAUGAAUAAUGGCCCUGUUAUAGGGUAUGAAGAUGAUGUUGGGAGGAGGACGACUUUCCGCCUUUCUUACCCGGAAUCCAUCUUCUCAGAUCCGAUCCACUACGACCCUAAUACGACUGUUGUUCUCAUUGUCUUCAAACCACGUGACUUGAAGUGGCUUUGGGAGAUACUGGGUGGUCAGAAAGUAAGUGCUAAAGGCUUUUGGAAGAAACCGGCUCUGAACAUGAUAUACAAAUCUAGUCAAAUCAGGAUUCUUGAUCCCAGCAUCACCAGAAAAACAGCUUAUGAAUGGCUUCGUUUCCCAACAAGGUUUCCCAAGAAGGAGAAACCCAAGCAUCCAACAACAGGGCUAAUUGCCAUUACACUAGCAUUUCACAUAUGCCAUGAAGUUCACCUGGCAGGCUUCAAAUACGACUUCACUGACAGAAACAGUUCUUUGCACUACUACGGCAAUGACACAAUGUCUCAGAUGAUGCAGAAUGAAUACCACAACAUCAAUGCUGAACAGAAAUUUUUGAAGAAGCUUAUAGACAAGAACUUUGUGGUCAAUUUGACGUGAGAGCUGAAUGGAACAUAUGAAGAACAAUCACUAUUUUCAAGAUUUAAAAAAAAAUAUAUUUUUUGUAUGACAUUUUUAUUUUUUAAGUGCAGCAUAACUGUUUACUGUUUAAAAGAAACACAGAAACCUCACUAAGGCAGAAUGUUCUUCUAAGCCCAAGGGUAAAAGACUAUUGCAAACAGUUAACUGAAUUUCUGUGAAGCUGUCUAAUAAUGGGAAAACCAAGAAACUUUCAGCUGAAAGUAUCAGGGAUAUAUAAAAAUGUGAUUCAUAUCACUUAUUUAUCAGCAAGAACUCUUUACAAACAGUUACUUCUCUGGAAUACCUUUGUUUCUGAUGUUGUCCUCCAAGAGCUACCCUGUCAAAACUGAAAAAAACAGUGUUUAAUUAGUAGAUGGAUGUACAGUCUUGAAUGUUUCUCCUGUAGUAUGAAAAUGGCUUUAAAACAAUGCCUAUAAAUCCUUACUCUGUGUGUCUGGGAGAAGGGAGAACACACAGAGUUUUGGUCUGCCCUGCUCCUGAGGGGAGAGGAUGUCCCUCUUCAGCAAAGAAGCCACAACUUCUGCACUGGCCAUCAGCUCUGAACAGCAGUCUGCCUUUGCCAGAGAUGGAGACCCUUUGGCCCCAUUCAUGGAAGUGUUGGUAUUGACAGUGUUUGUGGUGUAACCAGUUUAUGGAAAAUCAUACUCCCCAUCCCGAGCAUCCACUAAAUUCUGCAGUUUGUGACUUGGAAAAGAGGGCGUAUGAAGACUGAAGAGUUGUCCUGUUAGGACAACAGCUUCCCCAAGACUAUAAUGGAAAUGUGAGCUGCGACACAGAUAUUCGUGCCUGAGUUUAAAUUUGGAGCCAAUGCUUGUUGGAUUCCUAGAUCUCUAGGACAGGAUCUUUUGUAUUUUCUGAUUGCUCCCCAAGAAUCAGGGUGUAUUUUUCCAGACCAGCACAGUCUCCUUUCUCAGAUGCUGUAAUGUGCGUCCACCUUUGAAAUGCAUCAAUUUGAGCAAUGAAUGUUUCUAUUUUUGGAAUAGAGUGUGCUUGGGAAUACCAAGAUGUGCCUCAGCUGAAUUAUCACGUGGCUUCUGUUUACCUCUCCUGUUUUGACAUUUAGGUUUAAGGGAUGUGGCUGAACUAAAUAAUUUAGUGGUUUUUAAUUGAAACAUGUGAUGGGACAUUUGUUUCCUGUAUUGGUUUGUCUCAGACAAGCCAGCUGAGUAAGUUAAAUCUGUCUGGAAAUGCCCUUGACAGCUGUUAAAGCAGAACAAGCAAUGCAUUGUUCCAGUUCUCUCAAAUGGUGUAUUAUUUUCUUCUAAUUGUGUCAGAUUUGCAGAUCUUGUGUUAUCUUGAUCAGCCACACCUGAAGAAAGUACAAUGAAGUCCACUUCAGAAAGAAAAAAGACAUCUUUAAAGUUGGUAGAAAAACCUUUGCUGCUUUUUAAUAAAAUUAUAUAGAGAGUUUUAGUACAUUUAGGAGCAGUCCAAACAAUCACGAGAUGAAUACAAACCCCUAGCAGGUAACAAGGGACACAGUAUUUUUUUUUUCCUGGAAGCUGAGGGUUAUGAGAGUACCAGAUGCAGUUUCUUUGCUGCAGCAACCUAGAGGAAUAAGCUCUGAAGUGACCAAAGAGUCAUCUUUCUUUUUUCCUGUUUCUCUUGCAGAGUGAUAUAUAGGUAUUUAAAUAGGUAUUUAAAAUUCCCAUGUUCCUGUAGUUAUGUCCAGCUUCAUCUCCUUGGCUCUGCUGUUCGGGAAUCAGUGGGGGCAAUGUGAUCUGGGGGGUAGCUACAGCCAAAGAGGAGGAGAUUUGUGCUUUCACCUAAUGACUCCUGAGCUUUGGUCCUUUUCAUGCAAAAAGGGCAUACCUGAAAUAACUUUGAAUGUCAUACGAAUCUGUGUUAAGGGAUGGGGAAGGACCCAGACAUGUCCCCAGCAAGGGUCAGGCUGUGCCAUGAUGUCCUGCAAGCUGGAUGUGUGUCCUUUGGGCCUAGCUGCUGCAGGUGAUGCUGCAGUGGGUGACCCCUUGUCCAGCUGUGCCCAGGGCAAGGGUAUGGAGGGGAGGGGAGCAUGGGCAUUCUGGGGCUGUAGUGCUGGAAAUGGGGGAAACCAGAAUUUUUUUCCCGUGUGACAGAAGGUUUCUUAGUUGUUUUUCAUUUUUUUAUUUUUUUUUUGACAUUUCAUAGUUCUGGGAUUUGAGGAGAUAGUUGCUUAAAAAAAUCUGAAUAGAAGCAAGUAGGGUUUUGCAUCUGCAAAAAGUGAUGCUACGCCUUUGCCUCCACCAGCAUUUAUUUCUUAUGGCAAUUUUCAGUUCAUUAAAAAGGUUUGUUGUCGCUGCAGUGAUUUGGACUCCUGACGCAGUAAUUCCACAGGAAAGGAAAUGAGUAUGUAAGGCUUUUUGCAGAGGCCGUGGUGUUGUGUGAGCUCUCUGUGUAGAAGUCCUUGGCAGAUCUCAGACUGUUGAGAACAGAGCCAGGCAGAAGUGGAGGGCUGCCUCUUACCCAUCAAGAUGUGCCCCACCCCAGCUCUGGGAUGGGCUGCAGCCAUGGAUCCAGCCACAUCCAUGUCUUUCUGUACGCUGACUGUGAGGAUUUUGUCCAGGAGAGCUGUGGAAGUUGCCCUCUCCCCACAAUCCCUCACUCUUGUGAUGGUGCUGCUGUUCCCCUCUGCUUCUGCAACCCCUGUCCUCAGUAGCAGGAGGUGGGUAGGGAGCUCUGCUUUUGAGGAUGCGCAUAUUUUCUAUGCUAUCUCGCCAUUCCAGAGAGAUUCUUCCAACUAAUGUAAACUUGAUUCCUUCUAAUUUUCCUAGGAGGCUUUCUCCUUUUUUUUGGGGGGGAAGGGGGAGGGGCACAACUGGGUUUUGUUCUGAUAUAAUUAGAAUCCAAGGAAAGUAAUUGGAAAAAAGGCUUCAUGGCAAACAAAUGGUGUUCCCCAAACUUUUUACUUGGGCUCCUUUGCUCUUUUUCUACCACGUCAGCUUUUUUUGGUCUCCCUAACAAUUUUGGUUUUGUUUGUUUGUUUGCUUGCUUGGGGUUUUUUUAAUAAUGUUUUUGGAUUCUCAACACAUUUAACAUGCUGUCCACAAGCAUUUAUCCCUAUCGGCUGCCCCUUUUUAUUGUAUUUAUUCUUAAUAAGCCUUCCCAUUUGUAUGACUGACAUUUUGGAAUUAAGCAAUACUCCCAGGGAUGUUUUCCCCGUACUCGUGUGCUCCUGCAGGGGUCUCCAGUCAACGUAUGCCAAGGUUAUUGUUCUGGGUGGCUGGGAAGCAUUUACAGCCAGAUUGUUCACUUGGGACGGAGACAGGAGCUGGUACUGUUGCUAAACCACUGGGCACUAGGGCGUCUUCAAUACCAAGCAGCAACACAAGUGAUUGGUUUUUCCUCCUGUAAGAUGUUUUGGUAAGAUUCUGCAUACUCCAACCCUGCUUCAUCACCUGCUUCACAUGGUCGUUUCUGCUACACUGCCUUGAGGAUGGGAGUGGCUUUUCCAUCAGCUUCACUUAGGCAAGAAUACCUACGAUGAUGGUGCCUAUUCUAUCCAGGCAUAUGUUUCCACGGGCACUUCGCAGAACCAAAGACUUGCCUUGGGACUUUUAGAAAAAGCAAUAAUACUGACUCCAAAAACUUACAUCUUUUCUGAGAGUGAGCUACUAUUCUCUUUUUCUAGUUUUGUCAUUCCUGAAAGUGAAAUCUCUGCACUGAAACUUCCCUUUAACAGCUCCCCUUUGUUUUUAAUCACAUCAUCAUCUGCAAAGCUGCCAAUUUUGAAUGCCAAGGUGCUGCCAGCUCUGUUUCUAUGAGUGGUAACAGUGUAACUGUAUAGGUACCCAGUACCAUUUUCUUCCUGUAUCAAUUGCAAAGUCAGGUGCUCUCAUCCCAUCUUCCUCUGUCCUGUUCUCCAGCAGCCUGCUGAGGUCUGAGAUGACAGCAGAGGUGCUCCUGCAUUUUAUCUGCCACUGCUCAAAACGCUGCACCAUAGUAAAGACCCAGCUCUAAGGUAGUGGAGUAUGCCCAGAACAAGGAGGAUGGCAAGUGUCAGCUGAAAGCUUGCUUUGGCUCAGACUUUUAGUGUUUUGGGGUUUUUUUUUUGUUUGCUUUCUAUCAGGAAAGUGUUUUUUUCUUCUGCUGUAAUAACUAAGGGAAGUACUGAAAGCUGACUUAAAAAGGAAGGUCGCAGACUAUUGCACUAAAUAUGAACCUGAGAGUGCCUGAAAGACAGGAUAAAUGACAUUUCCAAUGACUGUAUUGGUGAUAAUAACACAGAACUUUGGUGUCUAAUUAUGAGUGUGUGGUACCUCGUUUCCUGGGCUAUACUUUCCUUUUUAACAAUGCCCUGGGAGGUGGUAUGAAUAACUUUUAGAUGGAGUCUGAUUUUUAAGAACAUAGGAAACCCAACAUCUCUUUCUCAUAUUGGUAAAUACUUACUUUAUUUACCAUUUGUCUUAAGUUUUAUAUGCUUUUAAAGUGCCACCUGUAUUUUGAUGACAUCCUUGCAGUUGUUUUGUGUGAAAUUUUGAAUGCUACAAAUGGAAAGAGAUUAUUUUCCUGUGAAUAAACUCUGUUAAAAACGGUG